AUGCCGUUUAAAUCAAAAUCUCGCCCAACUACUCCCCUUAGACGUAUAGAAAAAGGAAGUUUAUCACAUCUUUCGUCCUCUAGAAGUCGUCAAGAUCCAUUUCCACUGGAUUCUCUUGCACCAGCAUUUGCAGAAAUGACAGAUGCGUUAAUCGACGUUCAACAAAAUUUUGAACAUGUUCAGUCAAUACACUCAAAUCUUGUUAGAUUUAGUGAAAGCUUUGCAUCGUUUCUUUAUGGUCUUAAUAUGAAUGCUUUUUGCGUUGAUUUUCCUGAGGCACCCGUACAGGAAUCAUUUAAACGCGCACAAAACGAUCCAAACUACACAAACACCUCUCAAUCUACUCCGUCACGAGCCUGGAACAAUCAAAAUCCUCAAACACAAGGAUUAGAUCUAGCAGACACUACUUUUACAACAAAUGAAACUUCUUUUAUUGAACGCCCCUCAAAACCCUCUAAAACAACUACUUCUAAACGUAAUAACAAAUCUGAUCGAACAAUUCGUACACAAUCUUCAAAAACUCGUAAUACCUCACGACCCCAUUGA